UGCCUCUGCUUCCUCGCCUACGCCCUCGAGGUGGGGCUCACCCGCGCCAAGCCGGGGGACAUCAGCAGCUUCCUCUCCACCGUGCCCGGGCUCCUCAAGGUGUUUGAAGCCUACGUGGCCUGUCUCAUCUUCUCCUUGCUGGAUACCGGUUUGGAAGCCGGCCUGCAGUGGUGCGUGGCCGUCUACUCCAUCUGCUUCAUCGUCACUCUCCUCGUCAUCAUCUUCACCAUUGGCCGGUGCCUCACCUACAUGCCCUGCCCGCUGGAGAAGCUUUGUGUUUUGAAUUGGAACUGCUGGUGGGACAAGCGCCUGGGGGUCACCUUCCUCACCAUCUUCAACCUCAUCGCCUACUUGGUGGACCUGGUCUACUCCACCAAGAUGGUCUUCAUCAGGGCACCUCCCUAA